AUGCGCCUUUCCGUCUGGGGCGCCUGCUUCGGAGCAGCCGCCGCCUUCCAGCUGAACGGCGUCGACAAUGACGUCGAUAUCCAGGGCAUGGAGCGCAACGGCAUCGAAGUCUUCCUCGGUGUUCCGUAUGCACAAGACACCAGUGGCAAGAACAGAUUUAAGCCGCCGGUUCCCUACCAAUACAAAACCGGCCAGGUCAUCGAUGGUACCAAGCCAGGCCCGGCGUGCCCUCAGUCGCUCGGCCAGCUCUUUGCUCCCCUUGGUCUGGAUAACAUCACCAGCACAUCCGAGGACUGCUUGAACCUCAACAUUGCGAGACCAACCGCCAAGGACCGACAAGGAAAAGGCCCUCUACCCGUGCUCGUAUGGAUCCAUGGCGGCUCCUUUUGGUGGGCAAGCAACAACGAGCCGACGACCGCCCCAGACGGCAUGAUCAAGGAGUCGGUCAAGAAUGGAUCGCCCAUUAUGCACGUCGCCAUGAACUACCGCCUGGGAUUCUUUGGCUUUGCCACGUCGCACGCGCUCAAGAAAGAAGGAAGCAUGAAUGCUGGCCUGCGUGACCAGCGCCUCGCCAUCGAGUGGGUUCGUGACAACAUUGCUGUUUUUGGCGGGGACCCGAACAGGAUCACCAUUGCUGGCCAGUCAUCGGGUGGCUUGGCCGUCGGCAUGCAGAUCAUGGCGUAUGGCGGGGAAAAGCCACUUCCGUUCCAGCAGGCCAUUGCCCAGUCGCAGUCGCUCGAGCCGGGCAUCACGGGCACUUUUACCAGAGAUGCAAUGAAGGCCGUGGUCGACAAGGUCGGAUGCAGCUCCAAGUACACGUCCAACUCUACCAGUUUCGACACCCCAGAAGCACUCGACUGCUUGCGGAAACUGGACACGGCGACCCUGUUCAAUGCCUCAGCAUCCACGUACGUUGCUGAUAUUGCCCACAACAUUGGCGAUGUCUGGCUGCCGCAGGUCGACGGUGACUUUCUGCCUGCUGCGCCCAGCCAGCUCAUCGCAGAGGGUAGAUUUGGCAAUGCAACCUUCAUUUCCGGCUGGAUGGAGGGCGAUCUGAACGUCUACACCAACACGUCCAUUUCCACGGCCAAGGAAACACACGACUUCUUCCGUGGCUAUCUCCCAUCCAUGUCCAACUCGUCGCUGACCCACCUCCUGAACCUGUACCCCGUCGAGGAAUUCGGCACCAGCGCCAACCUCACCCAGGAGUUCUACCGCGCUGCCCGCAUCUUCCGCGACAUCCUCAUGGUGUGUCCGUCGCUGCAUCUCGGCGGCGCCAUCAAGCAGGUAUACAGGCCGCCCGUGUACUUUUACAACUUCAACCAGACGAUUCUCGACGCCAUUCUCGAGAGCGUCACAGGCAUCCAGGGCUUCGGCGUCGUGCACACAUCCGAGUUUGCAUACAUUUUCGAAACUAUGCACGUGUACAAUAACUCUGGAUUCCCGCUCGACGCCACGACAUACGACUACCAGCUCGCCAUGCGCGCAAGCCGCUCCUGGAGCACCUUUGUCAACAAGGGCGUCCCCAGCCUAAACCACUACCCCUCGUUGACGUUGAUCGGGUGGAACGACGCGUAUAGCCUGCCUGGCGGACCCUAUGUACGCACAAUCGGCGGCUCAAACCCGAGCUUCAGUGCGCUAGGCAUGGUGAACUCCGCCCCGGAAAUGGCAGUGCAGAGACUGCAGGAACGAUGUCGCUUCCUGAAUAGCCCCAAUAUUAUCCGCGAGCUGCAGUUUUAG